CAUAUUGUUCGCGGUGGCCUGCGCUAGUCAGCCAUAUAGUUAUUUACAUGAUAAUAAUAGCCUUGUUCUUGCUGGUACCCCAGCUGCCGCUCUAACAAACUAUCCUUCCACCAGCCAUCCACAUCCACCACGAGAUCUCCGUCAUCCGCGCCAGUCAUCCAGCCAGCCUGUCGGUCAGUCACCAUUUUCACUUCUUCUUCCUCCGCCGCCAGCCUGCUCGCCCGCUGCUCCUCUUCGCCCGUCUGCCUGCUGCUGCCUGAUAUCGGGCAUGCGAUAGUGAACAUCCCAGGGGCUCGGUUUAAUUUCUCACUCGUCUAAAAUAGAGACAUCCUUCGCCUCCCCCACUAGUUAGCUCUCAGCUGCGAUUCGAAGGGUAGUGACGUUGGUAGCAAACCUCUAUCAGUUCCCUUUGUCGCUACCAGGUGAGCUUCACUUUUUCCCUGCAAGUGACACCCGAGCUGAUAGCUGAGAAAGGCGAUACCUUACAGAACCAAAUUAACCGCCGGCUAUUUACUGAGAUUGAUCCUCCGGAGCUGUGCCUUGAUAGCUCUUCGGCUGGGACGUUUGCUGUUGCACUCAAGUCCCCGUGAAGUCGACUUCUGCUAGGCUGUGAAGUGACGGGAACACCUUCAACCAUGGAUUCAGACGACGACUUCAUGACGGAUGGAUCGAGCGGACAGGAGUUUCUUGAUACACAGGGCAGCGACAACGAAAGCUUAGACGGCGGUAAGUCGGCCCAUUAGGCUUGUUACCUGCAUAGCUAUCUUGGGUGUUUCAUGAUAUUGGUCAGAUCGAAGCUAACUGGACUGACUAUAGACUUCGAAGAAGACCUCGGAGGUUCGUUCAAUUACGAGAAAGACAUCAAGCCUGUACGGCAGCCGUACGAGACCGAUUGUACUGCCCUCAGUCCAAACGAUAUCACACGGGAACAGAAUGUGCAGAUCAAUGAAGUCUCCUCUAUACUCGGCUUGCCUGCGGAAAGCGCUGCUAUCCUGCUCCGGUUUAGCAGAUGGAACAGAGAGAAGCUAAUAGAGUCAUACAUGGACCAUCCUGAGAAGACGCUUGAAGAUGCAGGCCUUGGACCAACUUUCUCGUCGAACCCAAAGACUGAAGUUAUGCCUGGUUUCAUGUGUGAUAUCUGCUGUGAAGAUGGGCCGGAUCUCCAGACGUACGCAAUGCGCUGCGGACAUAGGUUCUGCGUGGACUGCUAUAGCCACUACCUGGGGCAGAAGAUUAAAGAGGAAGGCGAGGCUGCGAGAAUAGAAUGCCCCCAGGAUCAGUGUCAUCGGAUUAUCGAUUCGAAGUCACUCGAUUUACUUGUUGGCGAGGAUGUGAGAGAGCGGUAUCGAACUCUCCUGAUACGUACAUAUGUUGAUGAUAUGCCAAACUUGAAAUGGUGUCCAGCUCCUAACUGCGAAUUCGCUGUUCGAUGUGGUGUCAAGCAGCGAGAUCUGGAUCGUGUCGUCCCAACGGUACACUGUGCUUGCUCGUUUACUUUCUGUUUUGGAUGUGACGUUGGCAACCACCAGCCAUGCCCCUGUGCAUUAGUCAAGAAAUGGGUUAAAAAGUGCAAAGAUGACUCGGAAACGGCAAACUGGAUCUCAGCCAACACUAAAGAAUGCCCCAAAUGUCAAUCUACGAUCGAAAAGAACGGAGGCUGCAACCACAUGACAUGUAGAAAAUGCAAGCAUGAAUUCUGCUGGAUGUGUCUCGGCCCCUGGUCCGAGCAUGGAACUAGUUGGUACAACUGCAACAGAUUUGAAGAAAAGGGCUCCUCGGAUGCACGAGAUACACAAACUCGCUCUCGACAAUCCCUUGAGCGGUACCUUCACUACUACAACCGCUUUGCUAACCAUGAACAAUCAGCCAAGCUUGACCGAGACCUGUUUUUAAAGACAGAGAAGAUGAUGGUAAAUCUCCAGUCUCAAUCUGGCCUAUCUUGGAUCGAAGUACAGUUUCUUGACACCGCGUCACAUACACUCCAGGAGUGUCGACAGACGCUUAAAUGGACAUAUGCCUUUGCUUUCUACCUUGCGCGCAACAACUUGACUGAAAUCUUUGAGGAUAAUCAGCGGGACCUUGAGAUGGCCGUCGAGAAUCUAAGUGAAAUGUUCGAGAAGCCCAUCUCCGAACUAGCAGGGUUGAAAGUUGAUAUUCUCGACAAGACCUCCUAUUGCAAUAAGCGACGAGUUAUCCUUCUUUCCGAUACAGCUGAAAAUCUAAAAGCAGGUAUGUUUACCUCCAUCUUUACGAUAUUUCCAGCAAUACUGACCCCUUAAUGCUAUUCAAGGUGAAUGGUCUUUCAUUGUAGAUCUGAAAUAAUAAAAAGAAAAUUCUCCCCCUGGUCGCCGGCACGCCCAUGCUCCUGAACCCUCUAUCUCCUUAUACCCGGCAUAUGCUUGACCUUAUUCUAAACUCAUACGCUAUGCCCAGCCAUUCAUUUCGACUUCUUGACCUUUCCUAGCGGCUUGCAUUUCUCCUCUCCCGUUUUUUAUUUUCCAUUCUACAUUGUUCUUGAAAAGAAAAGAAAAAAAAAGGAUCCGUUAUUCAUGAAUCACCUUCCUUACGAGCAUGGUAAAAUCCAUUAUUAUGAUCACUUGCAUUGCCAUCUUCUUGAGCAAACUAUUUAACUCGAUAUUAUAACUCAAUUUAGAUAUCUAUAUCUGCACCCCUAGUUGGGCUAUACAUACAGCACGUCCCUGUUAUUUGGACCUUGUGAUUCAGUCCCAAGUCUAUCCAUCAAUUUCAUGAACCUAACGGUAAUAGAACAGGAAUAGAUCCUGUCUAAACAGAUGAGCCUGUUGUUUUUUUUCACCUAUGGUACAACUAUUAAUUAGAAAGCUCUUGCAACCGCUGUCAUCUUUCAGUAAUAAGCCCGUCAAUUGCUUUCGAGCCUCUUAUUACCCUUUUUGUCAAUUAGCCGAGGUAAACUAGCCUGAGCUUUAUUUCUCACGUGACAAUUUCUUAUCAGAUCAAAAAUAUCAAAACAUCUUCGAGCCAAAA